GAAGCGCCACCGCCAUCGCCGCCAUCCUCGCGGGGCUUCUCGGGCGGCUGGGGCUGCCCGCCGCGCUGCCUGCGCCGGACCGUGGCGGGUCCAGUCCCGGGCGCGCCGCCGCGGUAGAGAUCCUGGGGGCAAAGGGCAGCUACAAGACCACCUGAGUCCCAGUGGGGAUUUGAGUUCUUGGUGACACCAAGUCAGCGAGGAGACAAAUUGGAAAUGUCAGUCUGGAGAGAGUGUUUUGUUUUCAUAUGCUGAUUAAAGUAGUGCAGAGGGCGUGAUCAGCAGGGCUCCAGUAAGAAGCUCCCACGGAAGGAGCAGGAACACAGAACAGAGCGGGCAAGACAGCUCCACCAGGAGUCAGGAGUGAUUCCCCUCCGGGAACGAGACGCCAGGAAGAAGAACUUCCAGCCCAGGAGAAAUAACAUCUGCUGUGCUGCUGAGCUCACAGAAAGAGCCCCCAGACCCUUCCCGCAGUCAGAGGGCUGGAACCUGCUCGGAGGCGCUUUGAAGAUGCUGGAGGCCCCGCCUCUGCUGCUGGCGGCUGUGUUCCUGGGCCUGGUGCUGGUGGUGCUGCUGUUGAUCCUGAGGCGCUGGGGCUGGGGCCUGUGCCUUAUCUGCUGGAACGAGUUCGUCCUGCAGCCCAUCCGCAACCUGCUCAUGGGUGACACCAAGGAGCAGCGCAUCCUGCACCACGUGCUGCAGCAUGCGGAGCCUGGGAAUGCACAGAGCGUGGUGGAGGCCAUCGACACCUACUGCCAGCAGAAGGAGUGGGCCAUGAACGUGGGUGACAAGAAAGGCAAGAUCGUGGACGCCGUGAUUCAGGAGCACCAGCCCUCCAUGCUGCUGGAGCUGGGGGCCUACUGUGGCUACUCAGCUGUGCGCAUGGCCCGCCUGCUGUCACCGGGUGCGAGGCUGCUCACCAUCGAGAUCAACCCUGACUACGCCGCCAUCACCCAGCGGAUGGUGGAUUUCGCUGGCAUGCAGGACAAGGUCACCGUUGUGGUUGGGGCGUCCCAGGACAUCAUCCCCCAGCUGAAGAAGAAGUAUGAUGUGGACACGCUGGACAUGGUCUUCCUCGACCACUGGAAGGACCGGUACCUGCCAGACACGCUUCUCCUGGAGGAAUGUGGCCUGCUGAGGAAGGGGACAGUGCUACUGGCUGACAACGUGAUCUGCCCAGGUGCACCAGACUUCCUGACACACGUGCGCGGGAGCAACCGCUUUGAGUGCACACACUACCAGUCAUUCCUGGAAUACAGGAAGGUGGUGGACGGCCUGGAGAAGGCCAUCUAUAAGGGCCCAGGCAGUGAAGCACAGCCCUGACUGCCCCCCCGGCCCCGCACUCAGGCUCCCUCACCCAGCCUGGUUCUGAGGGUGCCACAGACGUGCUCCUGCUGACCUUCUGCGGCUCUGGGUUGUAUCCUACAUGCAAAGCACACCUCGGCCGAGGCCUGCGCUCUGCCAUGCUGACUGACCUCUCUGAACUGCAGCACUGGAUUGCUCUCCUUUUUUAAGACUCAAUCGUGACCUCUUUACUAACACCCGCUAGCUAUAUUAUCUUACAUACUAAUACAUGUUUUAAAAAUAUAAAAUAGAAAUUAAGACUCUAAAUAUAAAUCAACUUAGUACAUCCUUCUCGACUGCCAUUCUCCUGCUGCCCUUGACUUGGGCACCAAACAUUCAAAACUCCCCUUGAUGGACGCUAACGCUAAGGGCGGGGCCCUGGCUGGCUGGGUUCUGGGUGGCAUGCCUGGCCCACAGGCCUCCCAGCCACAGUGGUGCAGAGGUCAGCCCUCCUGCAGCUAGGCCAGGGGCACCCGUUAGCACUACGGGGAUGACUGCCGGCCUGGGAAACAAACAGAGGAGUCAGCCAGCAUUCACACUUGUCUUGACCAAGCAGGCGCUGGGGAGAGGUGGACCCCGCAGCAGCACCAGCUCCUCUGGGCCCCAUGUGGCAUGGAGUGGAAGCGUCUCCUUCCCCACUCCCACUGGGCCUUGCCUACAGAAGAGGCAAUGGCUCAGAUCAGCCCCCACAUCCCUGCAGUUGCCCCCCCAGCCCGUGAAUGAGGAUGCAGUACUGGUUUGUGUCCACCUACACCCAGAGCUGCCCUCAGCUCCUCCAAGGGGUCAGACUACUGGCCACCACAAAGGCUCCAAGGGCCCAGUUCCCAGGCCCAGGACAGCUCAACCCUGUGCUAGCUGAGUCCACCUGCACCCAGACCAGCCCCUAGCCAAGACUCCACUCCUGGGCUCAAGGCCUGGCUAGCCCCUAGCCAGCCCACUCCUAUGGAUAGAGAGACCAGUGAGCCCAAAUGGACAAGCCUGGGGCCACCCAAGGGUCAGAAACAGCCUCUGCAGGACACAGCAGAUGGACACCUGGGACCACCUCCACCCAGGGCCCUGCCCCAGACGCGCGGAGGCCCUGACACAAGGGAGGAGCCAGCCACUUGUGCCAGACCUGAGUGGCAGAAAGCAAAAAGUUCCUUUGCUGCUUUAAUUUUUAAAUUUUCUUACAAAAAUUUAGAUGUUUACCAAUACAGUCUUAUUUUGGCUUA